GAGAGAGAGAGAGAGAGAGAGAGAGAAGUGAAUCAGGAAGUGGAGCUAGAGCUUACAGCCUGGACUGGGUAUCCCACUGUUAUCAGAGAGGCAGGAAAAAAAAACCUUCAGACUCCAGACCAUCACCUGCUUUGCCUAUGGAUUCUGGGAGCCCAUAGCUAUCAGGAUCUUCUAGGCACUGCUAGAAAUGGAUUGACUUCAAGGCCUGAAUUCCCGGGGGUGCCACCCAGUCCCACAAGUCUGCAUUCCCCUGCAGCUGAGAUGGGAGAUGGGCUCAGCUCCUGGACUUGCCCCAGACAGAAAGCAUAACACACACUUGCCAGGGAGAGUCUUUGCCUGAUUCUGGGCCACUUGGAGUGCAGGAAGAAGAUAGCCAAGCCCAGGAGAUGCAGAGUACCACUAACUACCUGUGGCAUACUGAUGACCUGCUAGGGCAGGGGGCCACUGCCAGUGUGUACAAGGCCCGAAACAAGAAAUCCGGAGAGGUGGUUGCAGUAAAAGUCUUCAACUCAGCCAGCUACCGGCGGCCCCCUGAGGUACAAGAGAGGGAGUUUGAGGUCCUGCGGAGGCUGAAUCACCAGAACAUCGUGAAGCUGUUCGCGGUGGAGGAAACGGGAGGCAGCCGGCAGAAGGUGCUAGUGAUGGAAUACUGCUCCAGCGGGAGCCUGCUGAGCGUGCUGGAAGACCCCGAGAACACAUUCGGGCUUCCUGAAGAGGAGUUCCUGGUGGUACUGCGCUGUGUGGUGGCUGGCAUGAACCACCUGCGGGAGAACGGCAUUGUCCACCGUGAUAUCAAGCCUGGGAACAUCAUGCGCCUGGUGGGCGAGGAGGGGCAGAGCAUCUAUAAGCUCUCUGACUUCGGGGCUGCCCGGAAGCUGGACGAUGAGGAGAAGUUUGUUUCUGUCUAUGGUACGGAGGAGUACCUGCACCCUGACCUGUAUGAGCGGGCAGUGCUUCGCAAACCCCAGCAAAAGGCAUUUGGGGUGACUGUGGAUCUCUGGAGUAUCGGGGUGACCCUGUACCAUGCAGCCACCGGUAGCCUGCCCUUCAUCCCCUUUGGUGGGCCCCGGCGCAACAAGGAGAUCAUGUAUAGAAUCACCACAGAGAAGCCAGCUGGGGCUAUUGCAGGGACUCAGAAGCAGGAGAAUGGUCCCCUGGAGUGGAGCUACGGCCUCCCCAUCACCUGCAAACUGUCCAUGGGGCUGCAGAACCAGCUGGUGCCCAUCCUGGCCAACAUCCUGGAGGUCGAACAGACUAAGUGCUGGGGCUUCGAUCAGUUCUUUGCGGAGACCAGUGACAUCCUGCAGCGAACGGUCAUCCACGUGUUCUCCCUGCCCCAGGCGGUUUUGCAUCAUGUCUACAUCCACGCCCAUAACACGAUUACCAUCUUUUUGGAGGCUGUAUAUGAGCAGACCAAUGUGGCCCCCAAACAUCAGGAGUACCUCUUCGAGGGUCACCCUUGUGUCCUCCAGCCCAGCCUCCCGGCACAGCACAUCGCCCACACAGCUGCCAGCAGCCCUCUGACUCUGUUCAGCACGGCCAGCGACACGCCCAAGGGGCUGGCCUUCAGGGACCCUGCUCUGGAUGUCCCAAAGUUCGUCCCUAAGGUUGACCUACAGGCCGAUUACAGCACAGCUAAGGGGGUGCUGGGCGCUGGUUACCAGGCCCUGUGGCUGGCGCGGGUCCUGCUGGAUGGACAGGCGCUGAUGCUUCGAGGGUUACACUGGGUCCUGGAGGUGCUUCAGAACACGUGCCAGCAGACGCUGGAGGCCACGCGGACCGCCCUCCUCUUCCUCAGCAGCAGCCUGGCCACCGAAAGGUUCAGCAGUGGAGCUGGGACGUCUGAUGUCCAGGAACUAAAGGAAGCCACAGAGCUGAGGUCCAGGCUGCAGACUUUCUCAGAGGUCCUGUCUAAAUGUUCCCACAAUGUCACAGAAACCCAAAGGAGCCUGGGCUGUCUGAGUGAAGAGCUUUUGAAGAACUGGGAUCAGAUUCAUGCGGAUAACAGAAGUAUCCAGAAGAUUCAGUGUUGUUUGGACAAGAUGCACUUCAUCUACAAACAGUUCAAGAAAUCCAGGAUGAGGCCAGGGCUCAGCUACAACGAGGAGCAGAUCCACAAACUGGAUAAGGUAAAUUUUAGUCAUCUAGCCAAGAGGCUGUUGCACGUGUUCCAGGAGGAGUGUGUGCAGACGUAUCAGGUGUCACUGGUCACGCACGGCAAGCGGAUGAGGCAGGUACAGAAGGCCCAGAACCACCUGCACCUCCUUGGCCACUCUGUGGCUACCUGUAACUCAGAAGCCCGGGGAGCCCAGGAGAGCCUGAGCAAGAUCUUUGAUCAGCUCCUUCUGGACAGAGCUUCCGAACAGAGAGCUGAGGGACCACCACGAUCUCCUCAUCCCAGCCCUGAUCCGAAGGACCUGGUCUUCCAGCCAAAGAGGCCUCAGCCGUCCCUGUCUUGUGCCUUGGACAGCAUGCAGGAGCUUUGUAACGAUAUGAAGCUGUUGGCCUUUGAUCUCCAGGACAACAACAGACUCAUCGAACGGUUGCAUAGAGUUCCAUCAGCACCGGAUGUGUGAGCUCAUGGGGGCGCACAAGGCACGCGGAAGCAAUAGACUCAUUCAGACUGUAUCCCUGGACUGUGAGACCAAAUUCACAGCAAGUUCUGGUUGCAUCUCACUAGCCUACCUCCCUCUUGGCCAUUGGCCAACAGACUAGCAUUACGUUGACUGCCUGUCCUCUUGGGGAGCAGCUAGGACAGGGACUCCUGAGCAUCCUAGGCAGCACCGACAGGAGAGAGCAUGCGGCUACCACCACAGAGACCAAGACCCAGGCCCAGAGGUCUGAACUGGGUGGGUCUUGGGAAGAAAAGACUCAGCCCUCUCACACUCUGCACGUCCCAGAACCAGCAGGCUUCUCCUGGGGCUUCUCCUGCUUCUCUGGGGUGCUGGAUUGGAGGGCUUAUUUUUCAUUAUUUCCUAUGCUGUUUCCUGAGUAUCCCCAUUCCUGGCCACAGGCAACCCACAAACAGCCCCUCCGUGCUGCAUUUGAGAAAGUGGGUAGUUGAGGCCAACUGCUGGGGCUUUGGGGACCCCCUUUGCCUUUCCUGCGAGGAAGCCUUGGUUCUGAGAAACAGCUGGUCAGUAUCAACCAUAGCCAUGCUAAUUGGACAGAUGUCGGAACCCAGAGUCCUCAGGAGAGAGCAGGCCUGCACCUUCAGACAUGGAAUAAACGCCCUGCCUUUUCUGUU